UUCAUAUUUACACAUUCCGGCACACAACCAAAUAUAGGUAAAGAAAGGCUUCCACAUUUUUAUGUAGGAAUUUAUAAAUCUCAGAAAAAAUAUCAGUUGUAGUUUAAAUUGCUUAUUUAACUCAAGUUAAGCGCUGACCUUCUUAUAAAUGGCGCAGUUUUGAUAAUUGUUCAGUAUUGUUUUAAACACCUUAACACUUGAUAAGUACGGAAAGCCUUAAUUAAAAUUUCAAAAAUUAGUGAAGUCAUCUCUGUAUUAAAUAUUAUUUAACGUGUGGUAAAAAUUACUUGUGUAAAAUAAUUAAUAUUCAUAAGGUAAAUAUUUUCAGUUUGGCAUCGUCCUUGUUAUCGGAACAUGUGACAACAAUUUUUCCACACAUUUCCCUUUAUCCGUACAUAUUUAUUACUACUCACGGAGAAAUUUGCUCCACCAAUAAUUUCUGUUUUUAUACAUUUUUCACGCCAAAGUGGUGAACUACCCAGACAACAGAAUUCUUCAUCGUUCAGUACAACGAAUUCGCAGGAUUUGGAUAAAAUUGUUCGCAAAAAUUCAAUAAUCUUUGAAAAGCGAUUUUUCUGCCACCAUUCCACCGCUUGAUUAUAAACAUUUGGGCAUAGCUGCGUACCCUGGGGUCAGGUCGGGAGUUUCCCUUCUUAGUAUAGUCGUCCCUUAAAAAUGUCCACCUUUCCAUGUACACUUGCCCACUGUAAGGCCACCUUAAGUUCCAACAUUGCCCUCCAAUCGCACCUCAAAUCCGUCCACAUCGCCACGAGGAACUUUCCCUGCUCCAUUUGUUCCAACUCGUUCCGCAACCUGCGCGACGUCAACGUCCACAUUAAGAAGGUGCACGGCGCCAAGAAAUUUAAAUGCUCCCAGUGCCCCAAAGCGUUCACCAUGUCGUGCUCCUUAACCGCGCAUGUCAACCAUGUCCACACGACUACGAGAGAUUUUCAAUGCAGCAUUUGCCUCGGGCGAUUCAAACAAAAAGGGACCCUCAACAGUCACAUGGCUUCCGUCCACGCCGAAUCCGUCACCCCUGUGGAGUGCGACAUUUGCAGCAAGACUUUCAAAACGGCUUAUCAUUUGAAAACACAUAAGAACAAUGUUCACCAAGAGAGUGAGCAUAAAUGUGACUUUUGUGAGAAAACCUUUACGCGACGCGAUACGAUGUUGCGACAUAAAAAAUUUAAUCAUUUGAAACCCGAGACAUCAUUUCAAUGCAGUUUUCUACAGUGUAAAAAAUCUUUUGUGCACAAGUCUAGUAUGAAGCUGCACUUUAAGAGGAUUCAUCAAGGCCAAGUGUUGAAAAAUUUCACAUGUUAUUUUUGCCCUAAAAUGUUUGAAUCGGCCGCCAGCGUGGUCAAUCAUACGAGAUCACACACGGGAGAGAGACCCUUUAAAUGUGGGGUGUGUGGGAAAGAAUUUUCUACGCUCGGACUUCUCACGAGACAUGAGCCCAUUCACGCCCCAGAUGCCGACAGGAAACAGUUCAAAUGUCCGCUAUGCCCACGAAGAAGUUUCUACAGCUUCGAUUUGAAAAAUCACAUGCGAAAGAAGCAUAAAUCCAGUAAAAAUAAACGUCUUGCCCAAAAAAUAUUCCCGGAAACGUGCAACGAGGAACAGAGCGUCGCGUCCGUACAAAUGUUCGGACAUGCGAAGGAUAUGAUUUUUCCUGACGAAAAGAUAAUCCCGAUGGAGGAGGAAGAGAAAAAAAUAACCCGGUUUAAACCGAAGUGGACUCCAAGCGAUUGCACAGUUGACGCGGAGUUUAACGGAGAUUUCGUCUCCACCAGCCAAAACCACGACAUGGUCGACAACUUCUUGCCUGUAACUUAUAUCAAGAUCGAGACUGAAACAUGUCCAGAGGCCAACGACACUGGGGACGACGGGAUGGACAUCGUGCACAGUAUUUUCGUCGGUGAAAGUGACAUUGCUUCCUGAAGAUGUCAAUGCAAUCACUACGACAACAUUUCAAAUGCCUGUCCGAAAAUUUAAGUGCCAAAUUGACACACAUCUCAAAACCCGUGACCCUGAUGCUAGAAUGCAA